AUGUCAACGCCAAUCCGCACUUCUAAGCCAAAGAAAAGGUCCAAAUCUGUAACCCCUACAACUGACGACUCAGUGCUUGACAAUAUCGAACCUUUAACUACUGAAAAAUAUGUGCAUUGUACACAAAUGUCUCUAUCGUCAUCAGAUUCUCCAUGUCGCAGCCCCUCUAUCUUUACGUGCAGUAUGCCAACGGUAAGACUGGUUGACAUACAAGACACUAAACCUACGUGCAUUGAAAAGUCAGCACAGUCUACUAAACAGUAUGUGUUACCAAGGCCUAAGUCUAAACUUUCAAAAACUAAAGAGUCCAAUGGUCCACCUCAUACGCACCAAAAUACUGAUAGAUAUAGUAAUGACAUCCGACAGCUACAAAACUCUCUAUCCGAAAUUAACGGCAAACUUGAGCAAUUAGCACCCCUCACUCAUAUAUGGGGCCUUGAUACAGACAGAAAUCUUGAGCAACUCACUAAAGCUGAGUGUAUUUUGGAGUUUGUGGCUGAAGAAGUGACGAAGAGAGUAAUGUCCUCCUUCAAUGCAGUUGUGUAUAACCUCCCCGACCGCACACACCCAUCUAAGUUAAGAGAUAUUUGCCUUAGAGCAUGCGGUAUGCCGAACGUUAACUGCAAAGUCAUCCGCCUUAGAAAAAAGUCAGACAGAUCAACUUGCCCCCUCUUGUUUAUGUUUGGCUGUUGUAACGAUGCUAAGCAGUUUAUUGAUUUGAGCAAAAACAUUAGCUCACUAAUUCCAUACAAAAAUAUAAAAGUCACUCCAGACCUUACGCCCUGUCAACGUCGUGUAAGAAGACGCGAAGCGAUAGAAUUGAAUGGGAGUGUUACAGUUAAUAAUCAGCCAGAGACAGUUUGCAACACAGCAAAUGGUUUAAAACACACGAACAUUAAGCAUGACACUACUCCACAUACGGCUGAUCACUCUGUUGAUCUAGAUGAGUCUACAGAUCAGAAACCUUUGGAUAAGAUACGGACCCCAACUGACACCAAAAACCAUAACGACAUGACUAAUCCCAGCUGUUCAUUCAGUAAUGUACUAAAAUGUGAGUCGUGUAACAACACAUGUGCAACUAAACCUAUACACUUGAAAAUUUGUCCUCCUAAAGACAUUCCACAAGUAGACUAG